AUGGCAGCACCCAAUCGUGCUAGUGGUGCGCCACAUCUCAGUCGGACUAUCAGCGAUGGCAUGUAUAGUCUGUCCCGGACGGUCACAAGAGAGGGUGACAACUCAAGUGACGAUGAAUUGAACCGGGAGAUGGAGGUCUUAUUUGACAACGAUUCCAUACGUCGGCGCAAGUCUUCGAUUGUCGCCUCUGAAGCACAGAAGAUCCAUCUUAAUAUGAAGCCCGCCGCCGAACAACCCCCUCCUAACAAAGAGAGGACUUCCUCGCAAUGCUUGGUGCAUAAGCUAGUUGCCGAGAAGACGGCGCAAACUACACCACCAAAAAGCGAACAGCGCAAUGGACAACUUGAGCAGAUCGACGAAGGCGGUCCUUUGCAGACACAAGACUCAGUCGCUAGUACCGCAAGCUCAAAUUCCAAUGAGGACGUCCGGGCAACACAUUCGCGACUACUGACUAAGAAGCAAUUGAGCGACAUGGCAUUGAGUGUGCGAUCUUUGGCGAAGAAGUUGAGCAACCUCAAGGUCAAGUUGCAGAUACGACGGGUGUUUCUACUCACGAAAGCCCACGACAGAACUCUGAUCGCAAAGACACGUGAAGUGACGAGAUGGCUUCUAGACAAGGAGCGUGACGUUGACUACAUCGUCUAUGUUGAGGAUACAAUGAAAGAGAACAAAACCUUCGAUGCCGCUGGACUCGUGGAAGAAGAUCCGGACAGCUUUGGCCCUCGGCUCAAAUAUUGGAACAAUGAGCUCGCCAGGCACCGACCGCACACAUUCGAUUUCGUCGUCACGUUGGGAGGAGACGGUACUGUGCUAUAUGCCAGCUGGCUGUUCCAAAGGGUCGUGCCACCUGUGCUGAGUUUUGCUCUGGGAUCACUCGGCUUUCUGACGAAAUUCGACUUCGAUGACUACCAACAGACUCUGACGCAAGCAUUCCGGGAAGGUGUCACGAUCAGUCUGAGACUCAGAUUCGAAGGUACCAUCAUGCGAAGUCAGAAGUCGAAGGAUGAGUCCGCGGAGGAUGCGGAUCUUGUCGAGGAGCUGAUGCACGACGAGACUGAAGGAAAGCAUACCCACAAACCAGAUCGGACAUUCGAGAUCUUAAAUGAUGUGGUCGUGGAUCGUGGACCUAAUCCGACUAUGAGUAGUAUUGAGCUCUUCGGCGACGAGGAGCACCUGACAACUGUACAAGCAGACGGUAUUUGUGUGGCCACUCCAACAGGCAGUACAGCAUACAACCUUGCUGCUGGUGGCAGCCUGUGUCAUCCUGAGAAUCCUGUGAUCCUUGUUACAGCGAUCUGCGCGCACACUUUGAGCUUCAGACCCAUUAUCUUACCCGACACCAUUGUGUUGAGGCUGGGCGUUCCCUAUGAUGCUCGGGCGAACAGCUGGGCCAGCUUCGAUGGUCGAGAACGCGUCGAGCUCUGCCCAGGCGACUACGUGACGAUAUCUGCUUCACGCUACCCAUUCGCCAACGUUAUGCCUCCAGGUAGGCGAAGCGAGGACUGGGUCAACAGUAUUUCGAGAACACUACAGUGGAACUCGCGGCAACGGCAGAAAGCAUUCAAGGAAUGGGAGUCGGAGGAUAAGUCAAAAAAGACAGCAGAAGAAAGUCAAGGCGACAAGUAG